AUGCUCCUCUAUCAAUUGGUGGCUAGAAGAUCCCUAAAUAUUCAUGUAAAGGAAGAUGAUGAGAAAGAGCAGCAAGAGCUUAUCUUCCACACUAGGUGUUUCAUAAAGAAUAAGGAAUUUGGUGAUUUAUUCCCAAAUGAGAUACCUGAUGGGCUUCCUCCCUUAAGAGGAACUGAGCAUAGGAUUGAUUUUAUUCUUGGAGCUUCUCUACCUAAUAGACCUGCUUAUAGAGCCAAUCCUGAGGAAACUAAAGAAAUUCAACGCCAAAUAGAUGAGCUUAUGAGGAAAGGCUUUGUGAGAGAAAGCUUGAGCCCAUGUGCUGUUCCAGUACUCUUGUGCCUAAGAAAGAUGGAAAUUGUUAGGUUGCAUGGAUUGCCCAAAACCAUUGUGAGUGACAAGGAUGUGAAGUUUCUUAGCCAUUUUUGGAGGACUUUAUGGAGUAAGCUAGGAACUAAGUUGUUAUUUUCUACUGUGGUACAUCCCCAAAUUGAUGGGCAAACUGAGGUAGUCAACAGAACACUUACUACCUUGUUGCGUGCAAUAAUCCAAAAGAACUUAAAGAAUUGGGUCAAUUUUCUGCCUCAUAUUGAGUUUGCAUAUAGUAGAGCUGUUCACUCUUCUACUUCCUUCUCUCCAUUUGAGGUUGUCUAUGGCUUUAAUCCUUUGUCUCCUUACCAUUGCCUUCUAAUGAGCAAGCAAAUCUCGAUGGCAAGAAAAAGGUUGAGUUUGUGCAGGGAUUACAUGCUAAGAUUCGAGGACGAAUCCAUUCGAGCAGGGAGGGAAUGA